UUAUAUGACCAAUCACACCAUUAAUGGCUGCUUCAUAACCAUGAGAUCAAUUCAAAGACUGCGUUUCCUUCCUUCGCCAUAUCUUCUCUCACGUUUCACUCCUAAUUCUUUGCCUUUCACAUCAUCUUCUUCUUUUCCUCAUGCCCUAAUAGAACCCACAACAAGCACAAUUGCAGCCACUUCUCUGACCCAAGAAGAGCUUACGCAAAUCAAUCUACUAAUCCCACGUUUAUGCUCUUCAAAUCACCUCAAAGAAGUUUCUAAUCUCAUCACAACAGCAUUUCUCACAAACCCAUCUUUAGAAUCAAUCUCUGUUUCCAUUUUCAUUCACAGACUCUCUCUUGAACCUGACCUUACACAGCCCAUGUACUUCCUCAAUCGCCUCAAGUACACCCCAAAGACUCAAUCUUUUCUAUUACCCAUUUGUAAAAUGUUAGUUUCUUUGUAUUUUAGGAACAGGGAGGCUACUAAAGGGUUAAAGAUUUUUCAUUGGGUGUCAAGGCCUGAUUUUCCUUGUCCAGUGGAUUACGGAUUGUGUGCUAUUUUGGUGAAUGGAUUUUGCAAGAAUGAUAUGGUUGUGGAGGGGUUAAAGGUUUUGAGGAUGAUGGUAGUUGGGGAUUUGAAGGUUGGGGGUGAGGUUAGGAUGUGGGUGUAUAGAAGUCUUCUAAGGGAGGCCAGGAUUAAGGAGGCUCAAGAACUGAAUGAAGCUUUGAAGUGUGUUGAGAAUGGGGAGAAGGGAAAUGAGGAAGUGGUUGCUUUGUUGGAUAAUAUAAUCUCAAAUUGGAUUGAAUAGAGAGUUUAAGGAGAAGACUAGAAUGAACUGAAAAAUGGGCAGUUUUACAGUAUUUGCAUGAAUGAUUGUGAUUGCACUUCUGAAUUACGAGCUUCACUCAAGUUGGUAGUGUCAAAUUGUGGUCCUAGGCUUUGCAUUCUUGAAUUAUCAGUUAAGUUUGUGCAGAUUUCCUUUGUUAUAUUGUGGAGAUUAUCAACUCAUAGUUUGAUAAACUAUUGUUUAUUGCUUCAAUGUCCAUUCUCAGUAGUUUUUACUGAUAGUCAUAUAGUUCUUGCAUAAUACUCCACAUACCUUUGUUAAUUUUUCUGUGCUUAUUGUGGAUAGUUGUGCUAUACUUAUUUUGCUCCUCUAUUUUGUACAAAUUUCAAUUUCUUUAUCAUCAGAGGUGUAAUCUUUACGAAAUGCUUUAUAAGAAUGCGUAUUUGCACCUGACUGGCUAAAAAGCCUAAUCUUUUACUUUUGGACUGUACAUGUCUGUUUGACUUACCAUUAAGCUUGGAAUGUGUUACGUACCUUCCGUAUCCUGUCCCCUCACUGUAUUUGUAGUUUUUAGUUCUGUUGUUAAUUAGAUGCACUUAUAAGUGCUUGUGAGGUUGUAAACAAGUUAGUUCCAGAAGUACCUGUCUCUCUGACCACCAUUGGCUGGUUGGUGGCUGGGGGUGUAGGUGAUGCUGAAUGUUUUAAGCAGCUACUCAAGAUAGCAGAAAUAUGCUGCAAAAGUUGCCAUAUUUUCUCUAAAUGUUUUAGUAGUAGUAACUUAUCUAAUCAUAAGAUCAAGAUAAUGGAACAAGAUUUUGAAUCUUGUGGAUAAAGGUGGAUAAGGGGCAACACUUGGAGAUGGGGUUAAAUACAGAAAUAUGCAUAGCUGGUUUGAAAAUAUGUAUAGGAACCAGCAGAAGAGUAUGCUUAUUAUGAAUCCUUGCUCGUUGUACACAAAACUUGGAACUUGAUAAGACUUGUGUCUUUUAUAUAGCCUUCUUUUAGUUUCUGUGCAUCUUUAUGUUCUUAAACAUUUGCACAUUAAGCAAAAGAUGGACUGGACAUUCUCUGGUUUUAAGUUGAAUUAGUUGUACAAAAAAGUUUUUUGGACACUAACUUCACUCGACAUAAUUCAACGUUUGGAGAGAAGUGAAUUUCUGAUGCCAGCUGAAGUUCCUUGUGUCUUUAGCUCCUUCAUUUCACACUAAAUUGAGACACCCGUGGUUGUUUUUGUCAUCUAUCCACAUGGGACCUCUCUCUGUCGAAGUUGACAUUGGUACCUCUUUGAUGUGUUUUAAAGCUGGUUUCUGACAUUUUUUUCUAUUUUGCAGAGAUAAGAUCGAUAUUUUAUUAGUUUCUUGAUCAUGGAGAUGGACAUCACUUAGCUUAUGUUAACCUUCGGUUUCUGUUGUAGUUUUUAGAACUUCUAAAUGUUGUUAAUGCACUUGUAUUUGUUGCUUACUUGAAUUUCCUUUUGCUUGUGGUAGAUUUUACGAAAAAUAUGACAGGACUACUUGUUUCUCUGAAGCUACGUGAUUUAUGAGUCAAUUUAGUUCUGAAGCACUGGUGCCUUUCUUUUUAUAGGACCUCUAAUUCCUUUUGAUUUUUUUUCUCUUCC